CCCCAAAACAAAAAGGUCACACCAAAACCACCAAACCACUCCCAACCCGAGCCAAAAACCCCAACCCUGAUCAUCCGAUGGCGUCCGGCGAGGUCCCGGCGGCGCCACCCGCGGCGGCGGCGGAGAAGAUUCGCGUAGUCGGCGCGUGGGCCGGCCCCCUGGAGGUGGAAUUGGGCGCCUGGACGGUGCCGAUGCUGCGGGCGGAAGUGGCGCGGCGGGCCGGGGACGUGGAGCCCGAGCGCAUCGGCCUCAUCUUCGGCGGCCGCGUGCUCAAGGACGACCCCGCGACCUCCCUGCAGCAGGCCGGACUCAAGAGCAACUCCAAGGUGCUCUCCAACCUCGCCUCCCCCGAUCGCGGCAAGGCCAUCGCCGCCGAGGCCGCCGCGGCGGCGGCCGAGGAGGAGCACGCCGCUAGGCUCGUCAGGCUCUGGGAAGCUGCAAAAUCAUUGUCUCAAAGGCAUUCAGAUGGUUCCUUCCCUGAAGAAGAUUUCAAUCUGGAUCUCGAGGAUCAGAGUGGACAGAAAGUCAUGUUUGGAUCUACAGAUGAUAUCAAGGCUCUGAAGAUGGCUCUAAUGCUUCACCAGAAAGCCAAAAUUCUUAUCAAGAAGGACAAUUAUAAGGAGGCACUGGAUGUGUUGAUGAUGGCCGAGGAAGCCUUUUCGCUUUGUGACCCUAAACUCAUUGAGAGAGUUGAUAAUGUGCCAAUGCUUCAACUGGAUAUAGUCUGGUGUUACUUUAUGCUUCGUGAUGUAUCACGGUUAGAAGUUGCAGGGGCUCGCCUAAAUAAAGCGAGGUUAGGAUUUGAACGUUCCCAUGGUAAAGAUUCAACUCGCUUCAGGUUACUCCAGGCUGCUCGUCAUGCAGAUCUUGCUAUCUAUGUAAGGCUGGAGCUGUUGGAAGGAGUGGUAGCAUAUUAUAAUGGCCAUACUGAAAAGUCACGCGACUCUCUCAGCUCGGCACAAUCUAAAUUCAUGCAGCUGCAAGUACCAGAUGAAGCUAUGACGAUGUUAAUGGAAAUGGGCUACGAGGAACGCUCUUCAAAAAGAGCACUAAAGAUGACUGGCUAUGAUAUUCAAGCUUCUGUCGCUCUCUUAUGUGAGGAGCGUGAAAAGAAAAUUCUUAGAAGGAAGCAGGACCAAGAGACACAAAGAGAGAUCUUGGAACAAAUGAAAUAUGGUAAAACUCCCAUGAACAAGGGAGUUGAUAUGCAGAAGUUGAAAAGCUUGACUACUAUUGGGUUUGAGAAGUAUCUUGCUGCAGAGGCACUCCGCAUAAAUGAAAAUGAUGCUGAAAAAGCAUUAGAUCUUUUGACAGAUCCUGAGAAGAACUGUGUCCUACAAAGUAAAAUUCAGUCAAGGAGGAAACGACCAUCUCAUGUCUUGGGUGCAGGAUCAUCAAGAGCAAGGGGCGCUGCCGCUGUGACUGCUUCAGGGGUGGUUAACCCUCCGUCACUUGUCCCAGAUUUGAAUGCUACUGAAGGGGAUCAGGAACAGCUAGUGAAUAAUGAAGAAGAUUUGAACGUUGCUGAUGGCGAUCAGGAGCAGUUAGUGAAUAAUGAAGAAGCUGUGAACAACAAUGGAGAAGCUGGGAACCAUGAUGAAGCGAUGAUCGAUGAAGCAGAUGUGAACGAGGAAGAAGCAAGUGCAAGCCAUGAUGAACGUCCAAACCGUGAUGUAGUGAUGGAAAAUGAGCUCGCCAACGAGCUGACCGGGGAUGCCCUGGAUGACUAUGACAUUGAUGUUGGCAACGAAGGGCAGGCUAUAGCAGAGUACUUGAGCUUGCUGGAGUCUGCUGCUAGCUCUUGAUGUGCAAAGAUAUGCAUCUUAAAACUUAAAAGCUUAAGGUGUGAGAACAUAGGGUAGCCUCAAACUGAGAGUUUGAUUACUUGGUAGAAGUUCACUUUGUACAUAUGAAUAUGGAUGCUACCUUUGUGAGUGACACCUGGAAAGUCAUAACCGUAGUGGUGGAAGAAAUUUCUCAUUGCAUCUCAUUAUU